UUCACAACAUCUUCUUCCCCACAAGAACUCAUUCCAUCGGAGCUCAACUCAAAGAGAGCAAAAAAAAGCUUUGGUGAGCUUGAGGGCGUAAGUGUGCACGCGCGCAGCCAUGGCUGUCCUCGGCACCGCGGCGGUUGAGGCGCUCAUCCCGGUGGCGGCGUUGAUUGGCAUCGCUUUCGCGAUGCUGCAGUGGUACGUGGUGGCCAGAGUCCCCGUGCCUUCGCACGCCGGUGAGGACGACGGCGACGGUGGCGGAGGCGGCAGUAAGCAGCACGGCCACGGCGUGCGGGGCACGGAGGAGGACGAGGAGGAGGACGGCAUGGACUACCUGCUCGUGGAGGCCCGGUGCGCCGAGAUCCAGCGCGCCAUCUCCAUCGGCGCCACGUCGUUCCUGCUCACCGAGUACAAGUACCUGGCCGCGUUCACGGCGGCGUUCGCGGCGGUGAUCUUCGUGUUCCUGGGGUCGGCGGGGCGGUUCAGCGCGCGGCCGUCGCCGUGCGCGUACGACGCGUCGAGGGAGUGCCGUCCGGCGCUGGCGAACGCGGCGUUCAGCGCGGUGGCGUUCCUGCUGGGCGCCGCCACGUCCGUGCUGUCGGGCUACCUGGGCAUGCGCGUGGCGACGUUCGCCAACGCGCGCACGGCGCUGGAGGCCCGCCACGGCGUGGGGCGCGCCUUCGCCGCCGCGUUCCGCUCCGGCGCCGCCAUGGGCUUCCUCCUCGCCUCCAGCGCGCUCCUCGUGCUCUACGCCGCCGUCAACCUCUUCGGCCUCUACUACGGCGACGACUGGGGCGGCCUCUACGAGUCCAUCACGGGGUACGGCCUCGGCGGCUCCUCCGUCGCCCUGUUCGGCCGCGUCGGCGGCGGCAUCUACACCAAGGCCGCUGACGUCGGCGCCGACCUCGUCGGCAAGGUCGAGCGCAACAUCCCCGAGGACGACCCUCGCAACCCCGCGGUGAUCGCCGACAACGUGGGGGACAACGUCGGCGACAUCGCCGGGAUGGGGUCGGACCUGUUCGGGUCGUACGCGGAGUCGUCGUGCGCGGCGCUCUUCGUGGCCUCCAUCUCCUCCUUCGGGGCGGAGCACAACCUGACGGCGAUGAUGUACCCGCUGCUCAUCAGCGCCAUGGGCCUGCUCGUGUGCGCGAUCACCACGGUCGUCGCCACCGACGUCGCCGAGGUGAGAGAGUCCGACGAGGUCGGGCCGGCGCUCAAGCGCCAGAUCCUCAUCUCCACCGUGCUCAUGACCGCCGGCAUCGCCGCCGUCACCUUCCUCGCCCUGCCGCCCAGCUUCACCCUCUUCGACUUCGGCAACGACAAGCACGUCAAGAACUGGCACCUGUUCAUCUGCGUGUCGGCCGGUCUCUGGGCCGGGCUGGUGAUCGGCUACGUCACCGAGUACUUCACCAGCAACGCCUACGGCCCCGUGCAGGCGGUGGCGCGGUCGUGCAGGACGGGCGCGGCGACGAACGUCAUCUUCGGCCUGGCGGUCGGGUACAAGUCGGUGAUCGUGCCCAUCCUGGCCAUCGCGGCGGCGAUCUACGCCGGCUUCCGGCUGGCGGCCAUGUACGGCAUCGCGCUGGCGGCGCUGGGGAUGCUGAGCACCAUCGCCACGGGUCUGGCCAUCGACGCCUACGGUCCCAUCAGCGACAACGCCGGCGGGAUCGCGGAGAUGGCCGGGAUGCCGCGCCGUGUCCGGGAGCGCACCGACGCGCUGGACGCCGCGGGGAACACCACGGCCGCCAUCGGCAAAGGGUUCGCCAUCGGGUCCGCCGCGCUGGUGUCGCUGGCGCUGUUCGGCGCGUACGUGAGCAGGGCCGGGAUCACGGCGGUGGACGUGCUGAGCGCGCGCGUGUUCGUGGGGCUCCUCGUCGGCGCCAUGCUCCCGUACUGGUUCUCGGCCAUGACGAUGCGGAGCGUGGGGAGCGCCGCGCUGCGGAUGGUGGAGGAGGUGCGCAGGCAGUUCGAGGUGAUCCCGGGGCUCGCCGAGGGCCUCGCCGUGCCGGACUACGCCACCUGCGUCAGGAUCUCCACCGACGCCUCGCUCAAGAAGAUGAUGGCGCCCGGCGCGCUCGUCAUGCUCAGCCCGCUCGUCGCCGGCACGCUGUUCGGGGUCGAGACGCUCGCGGGGCUCCUCGCCGGCGCGCUCGUCUCCGGCGUCCAGGUCGCCAUCUCUGCCUCCAACAGCGGCGGUGCAUGGGACAACGCCAAGAAGUACAUCGAGGCCGGCAUGUCGGAGGAGGCGAGGUCGCUGGGGCCGAAGGGAUCGGAGGCGCACAAGGCGGCGGUGAUCGGAGACACCAUCGGAGACCCGCUAAAGGACACCUCAGGACCGUCGCUGAACAUCCUCAUCAAGCUCAUGGCCGUGGAGUCGCUCGUCUUCGCGCCCUUCUUCGCCGCGCACGGCGGCAUCAUCUUCGACCACCUCUGAAUCAUCUGAUCAACGCAUGCUCUGCUGCUGCCCGUUCCAUGGCAAAUUAAGGGUCGUCGCGGCGAGCCGCCUCUUGAACUUGCAUUGCGGUGACCAGUCAGUAAGAAAUAAUCUCUCGUCGUGUAUGUAGCUUUGCCGUGCCGGCUCUCUUGAACUUGCAUUGCGGUGAUCAGUCGGUGAGAAUAAUCGUCGUCGUCGUGAGUGUAGCUUGCAACAAUGUAGUAACAAAGUAAUGGUGUCGAUCGGUGCCUAGUUCCAGUGAGGCAGUGAUGCCGCCAGACCACCAGAGUUGGAGGCUUAUUCAUGUAUGGCCCUCUUAUCUUACCCUUGAAUUAUGGUCGGUAUGCUGUGAAGCGAACACUGUCGCUAGUAUGCUGAUCUGCUGCCUGCUAGAUAAGUGACAGGACUAACCUGAGACUGGUUCCUAAAGGAAUUCCAGCAUUUUCGCCAUGGAACAUUUCAAUUCCUACA